AUGCUAAAUGAAUCCAUAAUUCAUCAGCAAGGUCCGCUGAUGUGUGAUGGGCGGCUGGCACACCUGCUCCUCCCUGUCCUGCUCCUAUUGCGGGCCCCUAUGCUGUACAGUUUUGGAGAGCGCAUAUGUCCCAACAACUGCCGAUGUGAGGGCAAAACCGUACAUUGCGACUCCUCCAGCUUGUUGGAAGUGCCGGAGAACAUCACAGUGGGAAGCCAAGGACUGUCAUUGCGCUACAACGAACUGCAAACGUUACUGCCCUAUCAGUUUGCCCAUCUUGAAGCAACAGCUGAACCAACUUUCGGUCCGACAAGCGGCUUUCCCCCGAUGCUGCCUACCGACAUGUAUGACACACUGCCCCCGUACCGACCUCGACCCAUUCCAAACCCAACUGUGCCUGGCCACAUGAGCAAGAACCCUAGAGACUCAAUGUCCCGCCCUAGACCAACCCAGCCACCCCCUCCGGAAUACGAACACAUGACUCUGCACAAAGUUGUGGUCGGUAGCGUUGCCCUUUUCUUCACCAUGUCGCUCAUUUUGACAAUUGUGUACGUUGCAUGGAGGCGGUACCCGGCGGCCACUCGGCUGCUCCAGGAGAGCUCUGUGGUGGGACGAAAGCGCCGUAAAAAGAGCCCCGAGCCGGAGCAGAACCUUAGCUCCCAGUUGCAAGAGUAUUACAUGAGCUACAACCCGCACGCGGCCAGUCCCGAAGCGUUGGAGGUGCUCGGCAACGGCACGGGCUCCUGCACUUGCACGCUGACGAGAUCCCGCGAGUGUGAGGUAUGA